AAGCCAGACCAGUGAGCAAGGAAAAUCCUACAGUCGCUUGCAGCUUUGUAACCAGGCUCUGUACCCCUGUACAACAAAGGAGAUGUGGGAGGGGGUUAGAUUGCUUUCGAAUUCGAAACCUUCUAUGAACAAAGGGGCUGUUUCAACCAAAGGACCUUGUGUCAAGGAGAGUGAUUGCUUUCAGUCACAGGGCACAUUCCUGUUGCCGGCUUCUCUUCCAGCUCCCUAUUAGCUGCUGCCCAGCACCCUUGCUCUCCCUCCCUGUGUUGCUCGGGUCUGCUCUCCUGCUGGCUGGCAGCUACACCUUCUACCGUUUGUGCAGGCGCCCUCAUGGCCUCACAACGAGGAUCAGGGACACGGGAGAAUGUGUACGAAACGCAGCGAGCUCUGAACGAGUACCUCCUCUUCCACUUCGGGUCAUCACAGGAACUGUCGCUGUACAUCAACGACCCAGUCGCUCUCCAGAAUUUCCCGCAAAGAUGUGCCCAGGAAUGCAUCAAUUACUUCACCCAACAGACUGGCAUUCCCUGCAGAGCCCUGGACAUCGGUUGUGCUGUGGGAAGGGCCUCAUUUGAGAUGGCACGGGUAUUUCAGGAGGUGGUGGGCAUUGACUACAGCCUUUCAUUUGUGACUGCUUGCAACCAACUGAAAGAGAAAGGCCAACUCCCUUACUGUGCUCUGACUGAAGGAGACCUGGGCACCCAGCACACAGCUGUUGUACCAACAGACAUUGAUCGGACUCGGUGUUUCUUUAGGCAGGGCGAUGCCUGCAAUCUACCCUCAGAUCUCGGAUCUUUCGGCUGUGUUCUGGCAGGCAACCUGAUCUGUCGUCUACCUGACCCCUUUGCGUUCUUCCACAGACUCCCACAGCUAGUGGCCCCUGGAGGAAUUCUUGUCAUUACAUCACCGUACACCUGGCUUGAGGAAUUCACCCCAAAGUCCCGGUGGUUGGGUGGGUACAAGGAUGUCUCUGGCAAUGAAGUGCGAGGCUUUGAUACGAUGAAGCGAGUCUUCUCUCCACACUUCGAACUACUUGCAGAGAAGAACGAGCCUAUCGUGAUCAGGGAGACAGCCCGCAAACACCAGUGGACAGUGGCUCACAUGACUAUAUGGAGAAGGGGAACUUUCUAGAAUCCAACAGCCUUCAUCGUUCAUGUAGGCGAAAUAGUUUGGCUGGCAAAACAGUUAGAAUACAUAAAAUCAUCAGUUUUUAAAUGUUAACAAGGCAAAGACUGAUAUAAAAGUGACAUUUGUGCAGACCAAUAAAAUAGGUCCAGUGACCAACCAGGAACUAUUGAGGGAAGGACUCUCUGGCUCAGUUCAGCCAUCUGUGACCAAUUUAUGUCCCAGUCCCUCAACAUUCAAUGUUCCCCUUUGUUCCCUUGGGACCAUUUCCUCUCACUAAUGCCAAUUUUGAAGGAACCAGUGCUGGUGCUCCUGAAUGACAUCCUGCAAAGAUGCGUCACACGUGGAGCAGUAGGAUUCAUUUACUUGAACUGACUUUGCCUUUUUUUUGAAGAGAACAUUCUAUACUUAGAGCAGGAUAUCCACUAUUGAUGUUUCAGUUCGGUUUUGCUGUAAUUUGAAUGACUGUUUUCAGAAAUUGGUUACUACCCCACUCUUGUAGUUCCUUCUUUUACCAUCAUGGUACUUCUAUGGAUCAAUAAAUGUUUCACUCAGCCAA